AGCUUGCUUGGGGACCGGGGGAGGAAGCCCUGGCCUGAGGAGCUUCCCUGUCGCUUGCAGGCAUGGGAUGGAGCAGGAUGGCAGCGUGGAUGCUGCUGGGGCCACUUCAUCAGUCCUCCUCAUGGUUCCACAAGCCCCGGUGCCUGCCAAGCUGCCGGCAGCAAGCUGGGCAACUCCAGGCAGAGAGGCAUGUCCUGCAGACCCCGAGCUGCCCGGUUCGUGUCAGCCUGAGCAGAGGCUGUUGGAGCAGCACUGAGGAUCCGGCAGCCUCAGCACCUUCUCCGCCUGGGGCUCACCUCACAGAUGAGGCCACGGGGCCUAUGUUGGGCUCUGUCUGUGGCACAGAGUUGACCUGACAGGGAUGGAGCUGGCAGAGGGCGGCCGGGGCACUGGUAGAGGCUUACCUCUACACAGACUGGGGGGGGCUGCCCGACGUGACAGACCCCUCGGACCCCAUUUGCACGCAUGCCCCUCGCCACCCUGAGCACUGCCGGGAUGCCCUGGGACAUGGUGCGUGGCUGCGCUUGUGGAACACGCGAGGAGCUGUGUUUGCGGUGGAGGAGGAACGCUGCAUGCUCAGAUUGGAGUCCGGGUGUCUGAGCAACCCGCUGUCUCUCUGCCUGUGCUGGCAGGCAGCCGGGGCUUAGCGUGCCGGAGACCUGCAUCCUCCCCGUCCCGCUGUCUCCUCCCAGCUGUGGGCUUGCAAGGAGUGGCAGCUGGUGGGAUAUAUAAAGGCAGGGGAACCUCAGCAAGCUCAAAAGAAACUCCUGGAGCUGCUGGUGUUCUCCCUCCCUCCUUUCACGUGAUUCAGCUUCCCUACGCUAAGGGGAGCCGAGGACAACCUCACUGUGUGAGAUGGCUGCCGGCAGCUGCCUCCUCCUCCUCCUCCUGCCCUGGCUGGUCACGGCCUCGCACAGCCCACCCGGCUGCAAGAUCCGGAUUACCUCCAAGGGGCUGGACUUGGUGAAGCAGGAGGGGCUGCGCUUCGUGGAGCAGGAGCUGCAGAACAUCACGAUGCCAGACGUGCAUGGGAAGGAGGGGCAGUUCCACUACAACAUCAGCCAGGUCAAAGUGAUGGACCUGCAGCUGGCAUUUUCCGACCUGCACUUCCAGCCUCAGCAACACCUCGUCUUCAACAUCAGCAACGCCUCCAUCAGCCUGCGCUUCCGAAGACAGCUGCUCUACUGGUUCUUCUAUGACAUUGGGUCCAUCAAUGCCUCUGCGGAUGGCGUCCACAUCCACACAGUGCUGCAGCUGGCCAAAGAUGAGGCUGGGCGCCUGAAGAUCUCUAACAUGACCUGCAAUGCCUCCAUUGCCAGAAUGCAUGCAGGCUUCUCUGGCACGCUCAGAACGGUCUAUGAAUUCCUGAGCACCUUCAUCAUCACAGGGAUGCGCUUCCUCCUCAGCCAGCAGAUCUGCCCAUCCCUGGAGCACGCCAGCCUGGUGCUGCUGAACUCCGUGCUGGACACAGUGCCGGUGAGGAACUAUGUGGAUGAACACAUUGGGAUUGACUACUCCCUCCUGCGGGACCCAGCCAUCUCCACAGAUACCCUUGACCUAGACUUCAAGGGCAUGUUCUUCCCCCGUGCAAGAGAGAACCAAGAGCUGGAGAACCACGCGGUGGAGCCGGUGAUCAAGGAGACCGAGCGCAUGGUCUACGUUGCCUUCUCUGAGUACUUCUUUGACUCAGCUAUGCACUCAUACUUCCAGGCAGGUGUGCUGGCCAUAGAGCUCCAGGGGGAGAAGGUGCCCAAGGACCUGGAGGUUUUGCUGAGAGCCACUUUCUUUGGGACCAUCUUCAUGCAGAGCCCUGCUGUGGAUGCUCCGCUGCGGCUGGUGCUGCAGGUGUCGGCUCCUCCCCGCUGCAUCAUCAAACCCUCGGGCACCUCUGUCUCCGUCUCUGCCUUCCUCAACAUCUCGCUGGUGCCCCCAGGACGCCCCGCCAUCCAGCUCUCCAGCAUGGCCAUGGAAACAAAACUGAGCGCCAAGGUGUUUCUGCAAGGGAAGGCGCUCCGUGUGCAGCUGGACCUGCGACGGUUUCGCAUCUACUCCAAGCAGUCUGCACUGGAGUCGCUAGCGCUGUUCUCACUGCAGGCCCCACUGAAGACCCUGCUGCAGCUGACGAUCAUGCCCAUCAUUAAUGAGAGGACUAAAAAGGGGGUGCAGAUCCCACUGCCAGAAGGCAUGGACUUCACCAAGGAGGUGGUCACCAACCAUGCGGGAUUCCUCACGGUGGGAGCUGAUCUCCACUUCUCCAAGGGGCUGCGGGAGGUGAUUGAGAAAUACCGCCCGGCCCCUACCACCCCCACCUACCCCAGCUCAUGGCCUGCAGAGCCCAGCAUGGACCCCCACCAGCUCUAGCUCUUCUCCCCACUCGCUCCUUCACCCCGGACCGAGGGCAGAUCCCGGGCUGGACCCGUAGACUGUAGGUAGGAAGCAGCUUCCCUGGUACCACUGCCACAUCCCGCAGGGCGCCUGUGCCCUGGUGGGUAGCAGCAAGGCGGAGACAGCUGCUCUGGGAACCCCUGCUGCACCCCUUCUCAUUACACUAAUAAACCACUCGACUCCAA